AUGGCCGCCACCACUUCCGUCCCCACCUCCAACCAGGUUCUGGUUCCGGAGACCCUUCUCAAGAAGCGCAAGUCUCAGGAGAAGGCUCGCGCUGAGCGCAACUCGGCCACCGAGAAGCGCAAGGCUGCCAACAAGGAGAAGCGUGGUGUCAUCUUCAAGCGUGCUGAGAAGUACGUCAAGGAGUACCGCGACGCAGAGCGCGAGAAGGUCCGCCUCUCCCGCGUUGCCCGCGAGAACGACUCCGCCUACGUUCCCGCUGAGGCCAACCUGAUUUUCCUUAUCCGCAUCAAGGGUAUCAACAAGAUCGCCCCCAAGCCCCGCAAGAUCCUCCAGCUUCUUCGUCUCCUCCAGAUCAACAACGGAGUCUUCAUCAAGAUCACCAAGGCCACCACCGAGAUGAUCAAGAUCAUCGAGCCGUGGGUUGCCUACGGUUACCCCAACCUCAAGUCCGUCAAGGAGCUCGUCUACAAGCGCGGUUACGGAAAGGUCAACAAGCAGCGCGUCGCUCUCACCGAUAACUCCAUCAUUGAGGAGAACCUCGGCAAGUACGGCAUCGUCUGCAUGGAGGAUCUCAUCCACGAGAUCUACACUGUCGGCCCCAACUUCAAGCAGGCCUCCAACUUCCUCUGGCCCUUCAAGCUCUCCAACCCCACUGGUGGCUUCCGCCCCCGCAAGUUCAAGCACUUCAUCGAGGGUGGUGACCUUGGCAACCGCGAGGAGAAGAUCAACGCCCUCAUCCGCCAGAUGAACUAA